AUGUCGCUUUUUGGCUCCAAGCGGCGGCGCCCUCCCAACUCGCAGCAGCCUUUGACGUCCAGCACAGCGCAUUCGGACGCUGCAACCGCUGCACUAUCUGCAUUCUCCUCUCUUCAUCAGCGCCAGUCGUCCCCUUCGCUGUCCGAGGCUGCCGCAGCUGCCGCUCUAAAAGCCCGACCACACACUCCGACCGAUGUCUCAAGCGUGGUUCCCCGGCGACGUAGUCGUCGCGCCGGAUCGGCCAAUUCGUCUCACGGUACGGCGAGCCCACAUCCGUCACUGCGACGUUCUUUGAGCUCGGGUUCUAUGGGCGAGCGCACCUUCAGAUCUCCCAGCCCUCAUGGCCGUCAGCCACAGGGCUCUCCGGGACCAAAUGGAAACGGGGUGGCGCAUGUGGCCGAUUACGAUAGCGCCCCUCCGGUCCCCUCAAUCCCUGACAGUGUCCAAGCGCUCCCGGCAUCGAGAGACCAGAAGCAACACCAAAGAUCUGGGAGUGGGCGCACUACUGCCCCGCCUGUUCGCGUUGCGUCGCAGAAACUAAAGGAGGGGGGUCAAGGAACCUGGUUCGGGGCAGCUGCUGUCGGAGAUCUCAAAAACAUAAAGACUUCGGAUUCGCUAGCGUCAUCUACCUUUACCCCUCACACGCAAGAUCCCAUCACGAGAUCAGAGAGUCGAACAUCGAUAAACUUUUCCUAUCCGGCACGCCAACGUGUUGGGUCGCCUCCAGCCACACCAUUAGCCGAGGAAACUCCUUUGGUAUCGCAGUCGAGGCAACGUUCAAUUGCUUCAGAUACCGAUCAUGAUGAGCCCGUUAGAUCAAGGAGUAAACGCGCCUCCGCUACAAUAUCUCCCCCUCCAAGACAGUCCACCCCAAGGCAGCGGCCCUCGUCAAUGCCAGAUGCCCAGGAACUCGUAUACGAUCCCAACUCGCGUCGAAUGGUAUCCAAGGCAGAACUUCAGGCACUGGAGCAGAUACUAAACGGCGUAGAGCCCAAGCAGGUUCCGAAACAGAAAAGGCCAACGAGGGCAGGGAGUCACCUUGCGAAAGGAACAUUAGGGAGGACGCAGUUAUCUGCGGUACCGGCCACCAGGGCGGCAACGGCUGCUGCGAGCCAAUCCAGUCCACCAAAAUCUACGGCUGGGGAUCAAACCACUACUCGGUUGUCAAACCCAACUCACGCCUCUGCUCCGAUACCACAUACAUCGACAGGACAACAAGAAGUCGGUUUGGUCAGGGAUGGAGCAGCGGAAGCCAAGUCACGCUCAAGGCAUUAUGUGCAACAUAGCCAAGACCACAUUAUAAAGCCAGCAGACCCUAGACCGGAAGUCCAAGGCGACAAAAACCCUAAUUCGCCUCCCCCAAGCUUGGAGACCCGAUCUCAGGAACGCAUGCGAAGUCCUCCCGCUGUCCAGCAUUCCGUCCAAGCAGAUGUCCCGAAACAGCCUCAGUUAGAGCCCCCGCGUGCUCCUCUGAAUGCUCUUGACUCUGUCACCUCAAGACAACAUGUCUAUACACGACCGGAACGGGCAACACCCGUGCCAUCAGUUGACGAGCACCAAGAUACAACCAAGGCGCCCCCACCACUAGGAGAACCAUCUGCAGAAAGAGUAAAUGGUGGUGAAACGGGUGAGGACAAGUUGCUUGCGAGGGAUUUACAGUCUGCGCACGCCGAGAGCUUGAGGAGUGUUUCCACGAGCCCAGUGCGUGUUGCCCAUUUUGGGCCGGUUCAGAGAAAUUUGUCAGUUAGGCAUUCACCACCUCCCCGGUCCAUCAGUCCCAGGAAGUCCGCCUUGAAGCAUCACAGCUCUCCUAGAAAUGGCUCUCCGAGAGCUGCGUCUUCGGCCGAUGAUGCAUCCGAGACCGGCGCUGCAAACGAGUCUCUAGUUCAAAGGAAGAAGUCUGCUAGGGUCAGUUUCGAUGAUCGUGAUUUGGUUCUGGAUGAGAGUGACUCCUCGGAUGCAGCAACCCCGCAAGCUGAAUUACCCAAGGAAACCAAGACAAGCCCGGCAAGUCAUCGACGGAAGUGGUUCAGCAAUAUUGGCAGGAGCAAGAAGAAGGAUGAUACAAGUUUUGACGAUGAUGAGGUCAUGAAGCCUCGGCCGGCACUCCCGUCUUUUGGUAGCGUGAGGGCCGAAAAGAAGAGGCACACCGAAGAGGUUGAAAGACCACUGGUCACACCGUCCGAAUCUACUUACUCCCCAUCCUUGCCUGACUCCCCGUCCAUGCAGUCGCUUUCAAGCCCUGUCAACACUCAGCGUGGUGAUUUGCUACUGGGACAGUCUGCAGACCGGGCUAUCGCAUCAGUCAUCGCUUCGGAUUACGCAUCGAGGUUUCCUGCCAACACUUCAAGAUAUAGGGAGCCUCUUCCGCCUGUGGUGACUUCCAGAGAGGGCGGAUAUCUUUCCAUGUCUAGUGAUAACAGUUCAGAGAGUGACCUGGAGUCACUCAGAGAUACCCCAACUCUCUCGACGCAACAUAGCGCUGCUACUUCAGUGCCCGAUGUCGAGUCCGAGCUAAUGCCAACCAAAUUAGCCAGUGUACAGGAAGCUUCACCCGACAUCUCGGGCUCUCCUCCAGUUCACGCACAGAACGCGCCGCAGCCAAGUGAGGGUACUACGGUAGAAUCUAACCACUCAAGUCCAAUCCCAUCCAUCUCCAUCACAGAACCAAGUCCAAAUCCCGUCCAAGAGAAACGACUGGCAGAAGAAAAGUUUGAUUUACCAGGUGGCUUCCCCGACGAGGACUCUGACGACACAAUUCAGGCACAGCACGAGCCUGCGACAGGCGGUGUCGUCAUGGAUAAGGUCAACCAACCGCUCACAAGACAGACAAUUACGGAGCCUGUGUUACAGACUUUGGACUCGACCAAAACCGAUCACACGCCAGCAACGGUCACAGCCAUGGCCACACCCGUUCAGGAUGACUCCGACAGUGAAGGGACGAGCAUUUACAGCGAUGCGUACGAGGACCUAUCUGAUUUUGACGAGACUGGCUUUCAGUCGCUUGAUGCUGUUGUAGAUAGCCCAGUCUCGGCUGGGGUAGGGAGAAGCCUCGAUCAGUCGACAGAGAUUACAUCAAAGCCCUCUGCCGAAAAGAGCGUUGUGCCUGAAAAGGUCAACUCAUCAGGUCCUGCCACUUCCCCUCCCGUAGAUGACUGGGAAGCUGCCAAGGCGUACUGGAGGAGUCUCACAGCCGAUAAGAGAGCGCAGCUGGAGAGAGAGGCCAACGAAGAGGCCGGUGCCGAUGCCGAUCUGGAGCAGGAGGCCCGACAUGAGCCGAGGAAACCACGACGCAAAAAGUCUGUGGAGAAGAGGCAGGCUGAAAAGCAGGCAAUCUUGGAGGCACAGAGGGAUCCCGAGAGGACAUAUAUGAUCAAGCCUGGGACCAAAGUUCCGGAUGAGAUUCCCCUUCCGAGCAACUCAGUCUUGAGAAAAAGCAUGCGUCAGAAAGCCCUGGAGGAGGGAGCCCCAGUUUCUGGGGCUAUGAACGGUCGGCUCAGAAAGUCCAUGCGUACCACUGCUCAGCCACCAGAGCCCACUGUGCAAGCCCCAGUACAGAAAACAAAGCUACAGCGUGCUCAGGCUCCAUCGCCUUUGACAACGACCCAGGCCGCCGCUGGAGCAGCCCACCGAGCUCACCAACCGGCCAGCCCGACUGCCGCAUCCCCUCCUCCACGUAGCGGAACCAUGACGAGUUUCUUCCCGCCAGUUCUCAAGCGACGUGGUUCAACUUCCAGUGAGAGCAGUUUCAGACGAAGCACGACGAGGUUAGCCACGGCUGGGUCUUCGGCUGGCGACUCUGGCGGCUUCUCUCUUCGAAGGACAAUGCGUGGGUCAUCAGCAGCAGAGCAAACAGAGGGUCCAUCCAACAACCCACGUUUCUCGAUGAGAAGCUUCUCCCCUCCAGGAAAUUCGAUGCGUGGCUCGAACAAAGCCCCCGCGCCGCCUAUCAGUAUGAACGGCUCACGGAUGAGGGCAUCGCUGCGUGACGCGGGCGGCAAGUCGAAACUAGGUUCCAAAUCUGGAGGUGGCAGCAGCAUCAAUCUUUCAUCAUUUGGGCUUAAAUCAAAGACCAAGAGUAGGGGCUCUGGGUCAAGGUUUGGUGACUCUAGCGACGAUGAUGAUGCUGGAGGCGGAGGUUUCCGCAGUCGCUUCGAGGAUUCGAGCGAUGAUGAGAUUGCUGAUGCGGCGCCAAAACCCCGUACAGGCCUGGGUGCCAAGACCAUGCGGACUGGCAAAUCUAAAGCUGCAGCUUCUAGUGCGUCGGCUCGACCUCGGCCUGUGCAGGAAGAAUCUCCGGAUUUACCUGAUAGCAGUGAUGAUGAGUUGACAGGUCGUGGUACUGGACUCGCCGUCUCUCGGGCUGGUUCGACUGCUGUCACCCGGCCUACGCGACAGACUUCUACCCUUGGAGGAUCACAGCUUCGACGUUCAGGAUCAGGCCGCGGCUCUCUUGGUAGCGCGCCGGCUCUUGGCACUUCGCUUAUGAGGAAUGGGAGCGGAAGCGGUAGUCCCUUGAACUCGCCACCGCGGAGCCCGACGAACCGACGGGGUAGCUUUAUGUCCGCCGUGCUCGGGCGUAGGAAAAGCUCUGCGCCUUCGUCGCCGAUUCAAAAAGGGGAGCUGAUGGACAGUGCGGCCCGGCGGGAUACGACACUGGAAAGGAGCCCGGCAGAGCUGGCUGCGAUGCGCGGCAGUUCGGGUCCAAAGCUGCAAAGGCGGACGACAGCGCCCAUGGAGCGUGCGGCUGAGGAGUGGCCGUUAGCAACGCCCAGUCCAGGUGAAGAGCAGCACAGUGGAUUCCAGAAGUCUGAGAGGCCGUCUUCCGCAGGCAACCUUCUCACCGGUACCCGCAGGCCAGGGAUACUCAAGACCUCGCGGAGGAGCAUGUCUAACGGGGACAAGGUUGUCGGUGCAGUUGAUGGUGGUAACGGUGGGGUUGUUGUCGUGCACGGCGAUAACACUGAUGAGGUCGUUCCGGCUGUCGGAGGCGAGCAGAUCCCACCCAAAACCAAGAAGAAGAAGUUUGGAGCCCUGAGAAGGAUGUUCCGCUUGGACGAUUAGGGUCGUCGGAAGGAACAAGAGGUGUACAGGGAGUGGGCUGAUGUGGAAGCGGACCCAAGCGGUGGUGACGAUAAUACUCGUGAGCAAGUGCCGUCGCUGGCUUACGUCAUGACGGUGUUCCGGAAGCACGAGCGGAGGUGGCUUUGCAAUACGAAUUGAUUGAGGGACAGACAGGUCGGACCUGAAAAAAAAGAAUUCUGGGUAUAAUCAUGAUGACGAACGGGACGUCGUCUCCCGUGUCUUUCCUUUAUUUUCCUUUGUAUCUUCUUUCUGGAAUAGCUCACCAUCCGGACGAUGGAUCUCUAGACGUUUUGUUUUCUCUUUCUGUACUCCACUAAAAGAGCGGAAGGAUGGGUUUUGGAACUGGCGCUUGGAGCGUGUGUCGUUGGGUAUGAGCAUUGAAUAGGCUUACAUCACCUACCUACUUUACUUAUAUUAAUCUCAAUACCCAAGUUUCUUCUUCUCUUGAAGUUUUAAUGAAAGAUGUCGUUGAGCUAGUGGCUUUAGGGGAAACACUUGGAUAAGCGAUUGAUGAUAUGUUGGGUUCUAUUCUACAUGUUAUCGCUAGAUUCUCCUGGGUUUCCGGGGCUAUUUUGCAUUCGUAACUGUUCGAGGUGAAGGCUCGUUGAAUCAAGCGGUGCUAGGCAUAACACCCUGCGUGUGGUGAAUCGACAGUCGUGUCGAGAUUUCAUUUUUACCUCGCAAGUUUCCAACACAACUACCGGAGACGGAAGGGGCGGAAGAUACAAAGAAAGCAGAUCGGGCAAUCUUCCCAUGAAAUCUUUAAAGGGCAGACACCGCAUCCCUUGGUGUGCAAAACGGCCUCCUCAGUAAUUCCCCAUCGAAUCUCUUGACGAGGUGUCCAAAUGACCGGGACGAAAGAAGGCUAUUAUUGAGAUUUUGACGUGCGGCGAUCAACGGCGAUCUCCCGGCCAGACGGUGAAGGGAUUGGAAG